AUGAUUAUUUUACUUCUAUUUGUAUUGAUUUGUUCAACUUGUAUUAAUGCAACUCAUUUCUAUGGUGGUACUAUCACCUGGAUGCCUAUUGAUUCUUACACUAAUUCAUCUUCAGUCGAUAUAACUAUUACACAGACUUAUUCAUGGAGUUAUCCUGUUAUUUCUUGUACAACAAAUGUCCCAGUCUCAAGUGGUAGAUCUAAUACAAAUUUGACUUGCAUUGCUAAUUGUUCAAACGAUGGUGGUUAUUCAAAUGCACCUAUUUCAAUUUUAACUGAUUGUACUUCUUAUAGUGAUACAUUAGGUACAAUAUCAAGUACACGAUCAAUCAAUAUUACACUUAAUGCUAGUGCAUCUUUUUAUAUAGCAUAUACAGGAAGUUCUUGGAGAAAUUUGUAUUCUGCUUCAACAAGUGGUCUUAGUUGGUCUGUUGUAUCUUUAAUUAAUCUUCAUUUACGAUCUGAUGGUAUAAUUAAUACUCCACCAGUAUCAAAUGUCCUUUCACCUCAAUAUGUUAUUGAAAAUACAACAACUCUCAUUGAUAUACCUAUAUCAGAUGUCAAUAUAGGUGAUAAUGUACGAUGUCGAUGGGCAGUCAAUCAAGGCAGUGGAUCGAUUGAUGAAUGUAGUAGUAUUUGUUAUUCAAGUAGUUUGCCAAGUGGUACAACUCUAUCCAAUUGUACUCUUUCAUUUACAGGACUAGUACCAAAUACAUGUUAUCCUGUUGCUUUACAGGUAGAAGAUUUUAUCAAUAAAACAAGUACUGAUCCAAUGAGUUCAGUACCAGUUCAAUUUUUAAUAUGUGUCAAAACAACACCAUCAUGCACAAUAUUACCUGUCAUUAUUUCUUUGACAGAUUGUUUAAAUGUUCAAGUUGGUGUAACAACGAAUUUUACUCUAUAUAUAAUGAAUUUAUGCAAUUCCAGUGCAACAAUCACUGAAGUUAUUAUAUCACAAGCGAUUUCUAGUAUGACAGUUGGUACUUUGACAAAUUCGACAACGAAUACAUCAUUGUCUUAUAUAUCACUCACUUGGACACCACAAUCUAGUCAAAUUGGAACACAAGAACUGUGUGUAUAUGCUUAUAAUAGUUUAUUGGUACGUUCAACACAGUACUGUGCAACAUUCACAGUAACAGCAUCAUCUGCAAGCUGUUCAACAACAACAGUUGCUGGAGUUUCAACGACAAUAGUACCAAGAAAUAAUGGCAUUAAUAUUCCACUUAUUGUCGGUUUAUCAUUGCUAGGAUUAUCACUAGCAUUAUGCUGUUGUGGUUGUUGGCUAUAUAACUUUUUCUGUGGUCCUGCAGGAAGGCGUCGUCGAGAAGGGAAACAAAUGGAAGAAAUAAUUGGACAACAAAAGUCUUCUCAAUUAUUACCAUCAUUCAUCACUAGAAAUCUUCCAUUCAAAAUAAUGAAUAACAAUUAUUUAUUUUACAAGAUGCCAAACAACCAAGAUAACACAAGUAGUCUUGGUUCAAGUCCGCCAACGUCAUUGUUAAUCGUACCUAAAAAUGAAAUACUUUUUACCAAUAGUGAAAUUGGUACAAACCAUAAUCUUGAUCAAUUAUUUACUCAUGAAAAUAUUCGACAAAAUACAUCACAUCAUCACAACAAUAAUAUUACUAAAGUUCCUCGAAACAAAGUAUCUACAGUUUGCAACAGUGUACAACUCAAUGAUAGUCAAACGAAAGAUAGAAAUAGUAACAUUAGUGCGGCUAAUAGUAUUAUUGAAAAUAUAACUAUUGAAGAUGUGGAUGCAUCAAUACAUCACAAUGAAUCUGUGAAUGUCAUUAAACGGAAUGGAGAUGGAACGUUAGCCGCUGAAAAAAAUCAAAUAAAAAAAGUUAAUACUCCUGCAGCCGGAAAACAACGAGGAGUUCGUUUAAUAAAAACAAAAAUUGGUAGGCCAUCGAUCACAAGACGACAUUCAUCCAAAAUCAGUAGUAUUACCGUUACCCGAGUAACAAGUUUAUCUAACAAUGAUAAAACAAGAAGAAGUAAUGAAACGACUGCAGUUCAUGGGGAUGAUGAAGGACAUACCAAUAACAUAAUAAAUACUACUUCAAUUUCACAUAAAAAGUCAAAAACUCGAUCAUAUAGAUCAAGACAUCGGAAAAUUAAUGUCAAUGUUAUGAAUUAA